UUCAGUUGUAGAUAUGUACUCGAUAGUUUAACAUGCGCACAAGUUCUCCACUUUAUUGAAGAUGACAGUAAUAGUUUAUCUCAUUGUAUUUACCGUUGUACAUUUUACAUCUACCAAUGUCGAAGCGGGGAGUUGCUCCGUGGACAUAUGUAAUUGGGAACCAUGGAAAUCAUGGUCAGACUGUAGCAGAACUUGUGGUGGGGGAACAAGAAGGAGAUCAAGGCCAUAUUGUUGUAAAGCGGAAUUAAAUUUUGAUGAUUGUAUAAGGGAUUGUGGUCAUGACUGGGACUAUGGUCAUACGUACGCAAAUGACAAAGAAUUCUGCAACAAAAUUUGUUAUAACGGUGUUUACUCGUAUGGAAUUAAUCAGUGUACCUGUAAUGACGAAUUUUAUGGAACGUGUUGUGAAAAUGAGUGCCCGCAUAUUGAGCAUUGUAAGAGAAGUUGCAGUUCAUCAUGGAACACUAAGUGUCUUGAGUGUAACUAUGAUCAAAUACUGUUCAAGAAAACAGAGGGCGACACAAAAUGUGAACAAAUUCCUCAGAAUUUAACACUACAUCUAGAAAAUUCACCAAGUAAGGAUCAGGAUCUAACUAACAAUGCAGUUACUUUAAAGUGUACAACUGGGUGCAUUUUUCCAACUCCAUCAUUUAUAUGGUAUUAUUUGCAGUCGUCGGAUGGAUUUGGAUCUAAAUGGUCAAAUUCAGAGCCUGUCACAAAAACACCUGGGCAAUGUAAAGAAUUUCAAAAGAUGUUCACCUCUACUUUAGUACUUCGAAAAUACACGGUGUUCAAUGACAAUGCUGACCAUACCGUCAGAUUUCAAUGUGGUGCAACGAUUAUGAAUGAUACAUCUGAUGAAGUAAAAACACAGUCAUCUGUAAAUAUCAGAUUUGCCGUUAGAGUGGCGAAGGUAUCACUAAAGAUUGGAAGUAGUUCUAGGGUAAGUUCUCUAAACGUUACCGAUGGCAUUUCGGAAAUAUUCAAAUGUACAACAAGCGAUAGCAGACCAUUACCUAUAAUUGUAUGGUAUAUAGGACGGACAGAAAAAUUAAGAGUUGUCGGUACUGAAUCAACGCUUGCAUUCAUUCCUAGUAUAACAGAUAGUGGCAAGGAAGUUUAUUGCAAAGCUUUCAAUAUUCAGCCAGAAAAUGAAGCACUAUCCUCCAACAAAGUUUCUCUCUAUGUUAAAGAGCGUGCUUCAGUGCAUUCGUUAUAUGUUGAUGAACAUGCUGGUGAAACAAACGUUACGAUCAACGAGAACUACGUUAACUUGCAACUAACAUGUAACAUAAGCGGUAACCCUGCAUCAAGUGUGGAAAUUAAGUUCGAAGAGAAAAGUUUAAUUGAAAAAGCUAACAUAAACGAAUUGAGAUUUGUUCGUCAGAGAGUGGCUUGUUUCCACAAGGGUGAAUAUUCAUGUGUAGGAAAAGAUGAAUUAGGAGUUAUAACAAAUAAAACACUCAAUUUGUUUGUCAAUUGUCUUCCACGGCCUGAUUGGCAAGCAAUUUCGAAUACAACUUGCUCUAUUGGUGCGCCUGUUACAUUGACAUUUACUGCUAUUGCAUAUCCAACGCCAAGUUCUGAUGGUUUCAAAUGGUACCAAAAAAUCUCGAAUGAAUGGAUACCUUUACAAAGUAAUAAGGAUGUGCAAAUAUCUGUAAUAGGACUGGAAACAAACCUAAAUAUUUUCAAUGUUACUCAGGCAAACCUAGGCCAAUAUCAUUUAACAGUUGAAAACAGCGUCGGAAUAUAUAACCAGUAUUAUUUCCUUAUUGAAAAAGAUGACCCCAGUGUUUAUGUCGGCAUAGAAACUAUGGACAGUAGUGAUUUCAAAAUUGCUACAAUUAUAUUGGGAAUAAUUUCUGUCAUAUGUAUUGGUACUUCAGCUGGGAUACUGAUUUGGUUUAAACGAAAAACCAAAGGAACAGAUAGAAAAUCAUGCACUAAGUCGUCACAUAAAAGCCAAAUUGAUCGCUUUGACAAUAAAUCAUACGAAACAGAAAUGCAGGAAUGUACCGGACGUGUAUACGAGAAUCUACCGCAACAAUAUGCUGAUUUAAAGGCGUUUACUAGAGACGAAAUGACAACCUAUGAUGUUAUAGAUAAUAGGCUAUAACAUUCAAAAGCAGGGAUGUCUUUAAACACUGGACUAUAGAGAAAACAUUAACAAUACCCCGAUACAGUCAUUGCUUAAGCUGCUAUUCAUCUUCUGGUCAGCUUUUAUUUGUCUUUAAACUAACCGGGUCGUCUAUAAUAAUUCAUAAAAGAAACAAGUAUCCUUUGAUCUAAGUGAGAAUGUGAUAUUUUUUAUUUACAGAAUAUUUUAUGGAAUUCAAUAAAACAAUAAAAGUGGAACAAACAAUCAACACAGGAUAAGUUUUAAAGUUUAUUUAAUGAUGCUAACCGACGUUUCGACUCUCACGAGUCUUCAUCAGGGUUAUAAAAUAUCAGAAUUAUAGAAACACCAUUGUCUAACGUACAAAAAUCGGGUAUACUUUUACGUCACGUGAUUUGUUCUAAAAAUAGUUUAAAUUAUGUCAUUUUGGGUUUACCCCAUAAUCUAUAUUUAGCUGUAUGCUUUUUAAGAAAAAAUACCGUAAAUGGAAUAAAUUUUUAUGUCAACGUCAUUCAGUGUUUCUUUUUCAUCCUGGCAAUUGGUUGAUGUGCUUGUGUGGCUGCUGCACGGCGACGGAUUGUUACUUCUAAAGGGUGACAGUUGAAGUGGGGAUAAUUCCGGAUCUAUUAUCAUUUCUUUUAAAAUUUCGUCCGUUGUUGAUUUUGGU